AUGAAUGAACUAAAGGAACUAAGCAGAAAGGUGAAAGAAAACACCACCGUGAAAAAAGAGGAAAAGAAAAAUGAACCGGAAAUAAAAAACCUAUUUGAGAAUCUCCUGAGCAAUAAUUCGAUAAAUUACCUAAGCUCCUUUAUAAACAAAACGAACGUAAUUGAUAAACCGGGGGAGAAUGGCGCAGAGGAAGGAACUUCCCAUCGGAGGGACCAUUUUGAAAACGCGCGCCAAAGUGGGGAGAAGCCGGCAUAUGGUGAACCCACUGCUGAGGAAGGAACCUACCCACAAGACAAUGCCCCACAUGGCAAGAAGCACCUUGCCGAGAAAAAGAAAAAAUACACAGACGAUUCAGGACACACAACGGACAGCAAAAAUGUAAGUCACAUAAAUGUGAAGAAGAUUCUGCAGAACAAGAAGAACGUCGAUUUGAAGGACUUGAACAAACUAAUAAAUUUCUUUAAUGAUGAAAUAAUGGAGAGAAGUAAAAAGCUCGAAAGGUUCAUUAACAAAAAUAAAAUAAAAAAUGAUUAUAGUGAGCAAAUUUUAAUGAUAGAAAAAUUUAACAGAGAAAUUCGAAUUAUUGAAAAAAAAUUCUCCCAAAAAGACCCCCUAUAUCAAAUAUAUUUGAUCAAGAAGGAAAAAAAAAAAAGCUUCGAUUCCCUAGUCUUUUUUAAAAACUUCUUCAAAUGUUUAAAUAAUUACCUUCACCUUUUAGACAAAGCUGAAACAAAUUAUAAAAAAUUAAAAAUUUGGAAAGUGUUACUUUAUCUGCGUAAUUGUAAGACACACAUUUUGUUAAUAAGGGCCAUUUUCAAAUCUGCAAGAGGGGGGAAUGUUAAUGGUAAAGAUAUCCAAGUGAAGGGGGCACAGGUAAAUAUAGAAGAGGGCAACACCUCAGAUGAUCAUCCCCAUUUGGAUGAAGCCACACCAUUGGAAAAAUCGAAUGAAGAUGAAAAGGUUAAAGAUAUGCAGGGGAAUGAUACAACGUGUGAUGAAUUCCGCAGAGAUAACCACCUUGACAAAAAACUGAUGGAAGAUUUGAAAAAAAUAUUCCUAACAGAUUUACAUGAACAGACGGAAAAUGAAAAACCUACCUUUAUGAAGGAAGUAAAAAUGAAGUAUGAUCAUCUUCUUAGCAAUUUAAGAUGCAUCGUUCAAGUCACCUUCGAGAAAAUGUUUCUCUUCAACGGCAACAUAAAAAUAUAUAAGCACAUCUAUCUGAAUGGAGGAGAAAUAUUUUCGGAAAAUGGAGAAAAUAUUCAGGGGCAAAAAAUCUCCUACGUCAUGUUUUGGCAUUUGGCUUACAUCCUGAAAAUGCACAGAAAGUAUUUGGAGGAAAUAAAAAAGCACUUAUUUUUUAACCUCUUCAAAUUUAUGGUCCUUUUCUACUGCCUUGCGAAAAAUAUGAAUUGGAAAAAAGUAAUAAAUAACCUCCACAAAAUGCAACAUGCAUCAUAUUCCUUGAAUUAUCAAAAUGUGAAAAAUUUUGUUUCCAGUGUUGUACAAAAAAAUAAUGUUGAUUUGUACACACCAUACUGUUGUAAUCAUUUUGGUAAGUUUAAAAGGUUUCUCUUUUCUGAGCAUGAUGGAAGAGCCUCAGGAGGUGAGGAGGACAGCGAAGGAGGAAAUGAUACUUUCACUUCUCUUUCCUUAAGUGAUUAUAUAAUUGAACAUGAAGAUAGUGUUUUAAUUAAUAUGGAAGAUUUUUUUAGCCACUUUUUGGGGUCCUUGGAGGGAGAUAACAACAUAAGCCAAUCGUGUUCUCUGACCCUGGAGGAAUCUUCUCCUUUUCAGCGGGAGGAUGUUGAUCUGGAAGAGGCACAUAACUUGGAAAGUGACGAAGCGAAAGGAAAACAGGGAGCUCACAAUAGAGAUGCUACGGUUGAGCGAGAAAAGGGGACAGGGAGUGCUAACUUCUUCGCUGCGAUGUCGCGUUGUUUAUUCGAGUUUAACGCCCUGGCGGAGUUGCUAUUUGUGGAGGAUAGGAAAAAUGGCAGAGGUAGGGAUAGAGGAGGAAAUGUGGACGAAAGGGGAAGAACAGACAAAACGGAUGAUGCCCUCCCCUUCGACAUAAUGAUCGAGGAAGGGGCCCGUGCGGGAGAACUGAAAGACGCAUUCGACUUCUACUUUGGUAGCCAAAAAGGGGAAGAAAAUGGAGAAACGUACUUUUUGGAAUACGAAUUGGAGGUACAUGAGGAGGGAAGGCUGAACAAGAUGAAGGAGAAAAUAAGGAACAAGUAUGAACGGAGCAAGUGUGAAGAAAACAGAGGCGAACACGUGGAGAGAGGCAACGCAAGUGAGCCCCCCAAUGGAAGGGCCUCCUUCUCCCACUACAUGCUGAACAGAGAGUUGAACGAAAAUCUCUUCACCUAUUUCCAUAAAAUAAAUAGGAAGAGAAAUAAUUUCAACAACAUUUUCGAUGUGUACUUUAUGUACAGAUGGAAGAAGGAAGAAAAAAAAUUCGAUCAACUGAUUCAGAAGAUUUUCCAAAAGAACUUUCACCAUUACCUUGAACAGACUUACUCCAUACUGAGGGAAAUGUUACUUUUCAAAAAACAGGGGGAAUACAUACUAGUAGAUUCAGCAGUGGAUGAUUAUCUGUACAAUAUCUUCUUUGAUGAGGAUAACAAUUAUUCUUUAAAAAAUGUGGACGGGGUAACUUACCGAUCCUUUGUGCAAUUCGUUGAGGAAGGACAAAAUACCUUGAAAAAAGCACUACAAGAAAAAAUUGACAAAAUAAUUGAGCAGAAAAAUAUGCACAGUAGGGGGGUGGCCGGUGGGGGAACGUACUGUGCGCAGGAAGCUACUUGUGAGGAAUUUCGUGGGGGAGGAAUAUUCAAGGAAGGACUACCCCCAUAUGGAGAUGCGAACCAAACCGUUUUGAGUGAAAAGGAGGAGAAAGACACACCAGGCGUGGGAUGCCAAGUUGGGCAUGUGGGAAAUGAACAGGAGAAGGAAGAUAAGUGCAUACAAGAGGGUGAAGAAGGCAUAGGGGCGAGCCCCACGAUGGAAAAAGCGAUUUUAAGAGUUACCGCCCAAGAGGAUCGCAUAGACUGUAUGCGCAUCCAUAAAAAUUUACUUUACAUUGUUUUUGUAGUAUACCGGAUUGUGCACUUUUCGUAUGAAAUUUUGCUCGACAUGAAGGGAGAAAAAUGGAAGCAUCAUUUGGCACACAAAAUUGAAGAAGAAAAAAAAGAAAAAAAACAAGAGCAAAAAAGAAAAGAAAUCGUUGCAAUUAAUAUAGUUUUAUUUUGCUACAAAAUUGUUAAAUAUAUUUAUGAUGCAUUUUUAAGUUACUGCUUUUUCUCAUUUCGAUUUUCUUGCUUUCCGAAGUUGCCAUGUGAAAAUGAAUUUCUGUUGAGUGUGAUUAAUGAUAAUAUAUUUUUAAAAAAAGUUUUGCAAAAUGUUUAUUCUGUUUUUUUGCAUCAUCAGAAUUUGUUUAAUCUAUCCAUGUGUUCAGAAGACAUUAUUUCUUUUAAAAAUAUGGACUUCAAACGGGAUGGCGAUUUCUGCAGAAGGCGAAGCAAUGAAUGGGAGAACGGACAGCGCAUAAAGGGUGAUCACAAUAUAAGGAGUGAAGAAAAGGAUAGAAGGGAAUGUAACUUGAAAAAGGAAAAAUUACAAGCAGACGAAUAUUUUCCCCAAUGGAAUGGAGAGAAAAAAAAAUCGACUUGUCCCCCUAAGGAAUAUUUCCAUUGUAUAAACAAAAUGAGCAUAUUGAAUAAAAUUCAUCUCUACAUUGACAAGUUUCAUAUAAAUUUGAAUUUUUUUAAAAAUAUGUUUGUCAAAAUUUAUAAGGACAAAUUUAGGUGCCUUCUCCAGAAGGGUACACUUUUCACUGAGGAACAAUUUUUAAUCAACAUAUCCAAAAUAGUGAACAUCAUUUUUGAUUUUUUUCAAAUUCAAGACUUAUGCAAAAUUGCACACACAGAUAUAACCUUGCGUUUGGUGGAUUAUUUUUUUUCCCUCAUCAACGCACACGUGUACAUGUUCAUGAAGGAUGGGGGAAGAAUCGAUGAGGAUGUGCGACAACUUCUCUAUAAAAAGUUCAUAUUCACGCAGAAUAGCCUGUCUUUUCUUUUGCAUAGUUACGGAGACAACUGCUGGGAACAGAAGAAUCGCGCGCAGCAAGAGGAAAAUUACUUUCUUAGAAUAACGGACGAGCUACCCUUCAGUUUGAUUAAUUUGAAAAAGAACAAGACGUUGUUUUUACUCCUUUUCUGCAAAGUCAAGCAUAUCUUGAAUGCCAAAAAGGGGAUACUUGAAAUGCACGACCCGAAAAUAGUGCAGGCGUUGCUGGCCAGUAACCCGUAUGCGUAUGAGGACGAGAAUUACGAUGCGAUCCUCAACGAGUUUAAGUGA